AUGGCGGAGAAGGAGGAGCAGACCAAGCCUCUGUCUACCACUACCACCCGUUCCUACCAGAUCAACGGCGAGCACGAUCAUGCCAUUUCCAUAGACCUAAAGAAACACCACCACAACCCAAAAUACCUCAAGUGUUGUGGCUACAUCUCCGCCUUAAUUUUAAUCCUAGCCUUUACCAUCUUGAUGCUCAUUUUCACCGUGUUUCGUGUCAAAGAACCCGUGUUGAAUAUCAACUCCGGGAAAAUAAACGGCCUAGAUCGUGCCAGCAAGAACACUAUUCGUCUUGACACAAACUUGACUGUCGUAGCUGAUGUUUCGAUUGAAAACCCGAACGUGGUCGCCUUCAAAUUUGGAAACACCACCACUACUCUUUACUACGGCGGUGUGGUGGUGGGAAAUGGAAGAAAUCCGGCAGGCGUGGCUGAGGCAGGCAAGACAGUUCGAACGAAUAUGACCAUUGAUGUCAUGACAGAGAAAAUAUUAGGUGUUAGGAGAUUGACGAGUGAUUUGAGUUAUGGAGCAUUGGGUAUGAGAAGCUACACCAGCAUAAGUGGAGGAGUGAAGAUACUGAAGAUUAUCAAGAAAAAUGUUGUGGUGAAGGUGAAUUGCAGCAUGACAUUUAACAUCACAAGCCAGGCAAUUCAGGAUCAAAUUUGCAUGCAACACAUGUCGUUCUAG